AUGUUCUUCCUUCGUUCUCUUGUAAGUCUGGCGCUUACAGCUGCCAUUGCCGAAGCUUCACCAGUUGCUGCUUUAACUUCGAGGGCUGCGAACGGCUAUCAAAAUGCUGUGGCGAUAUACGGACGGAACUACCAGCCUCAGAAUCUUCCGGCUUCGCAGGUCACGCAGGUUCUCUACGCAUUCUUGAAUCUCCGCGCCUCAGGAGAGGUGAUUUCCGGGGACGCAUACUCGGAUCUGGACAAAAGAUACCCAACCGACUCUUGGAACGAUAUCGGCACCAACGCAUACGGUUGUGUCAAGCAACUGUUUAUUCUCAAGAAGUCAAACCGCCGCAUGAAAACUCUGCUAAGUAUUGGGGGUUGGACUUGGUCUACCAAUUUCCCGGCGGCAGCGAGCACCGAGUCAGGGAGGAAGCUUUUCGCCAAGUCUUCGGUCACAUUCAUGAAGGACUGGGGCUUUGACGGUAUCGAUAUUGACUGGGAGUAUCCCGCCGAUGCCACUCAGGCUGCAAACUUCAUCCUGCUGCUUCAAACCGUACGAGACGAGCUUGACGCCUAUGCUGCUAAACACGCCCCUGGUUACCGCUUUCUAUUGACGAUCGCUGCCCCAGCUGGGCCCCAGCACUACAAGAUUCUGGACCUUCGAAGCAUUUCAGCCGUGGUUGACAAGAUUUAUCUUAUGGCCUAUGACUAUGCCGGGUCCUGGGAUUCUAAUGCUGGACACCAGGCCAAUCUCUACCCGAACCCAGGCAACCCCGCUGCGACUCCGUUCUCCACCAACGCCGCGCUGACAGACUAUCUCGCGGCAGGCAAUACUGAUGGCCUCGGCCGCCCCUUCUCCGGCAUCGGACAAGGGUCUUGGGAGAACGGCGUCUGGGACUACAAAGACCUUCCCCGGCCGGGAGCCACUGAGCUCUACGACGACGUCGCUCAGGCUUCAUACAGCUACGACAACAAGAGCCGAAAGCUCAUCUCGUACGACACUGUCGACGUCAUCAAGAACAAAGUGUCGUACCUGAAGCAAAAGGGACUUGGCGGCUCGAUGUUUUGGGAGGCAAGCGGUGACAGGGUCGGUGAAGGUAGUUUGAUUUCCGCGAGUUUCCAGUCGCUGGGAGGAGCAGACGGACAAGAGUCGAUCAACAACAUGCUGAGCUACCCUGACACUCUCAGAAUGGGGAGAAACACUUGGCUUUUACUUCUCGCGUCCGUCGCUUCAUCCCUUCCUACAGAUUGCGCGACACAUGCUCCCGUGGUCGAUCUCACCUACAGUCGGCACCAGGCAACUUACAACAACAUCACCAGACUCUUUACCUUCUCCAACAUCAAAUACGCCGAAGCGCCACGAUUUAAAGGGCCGCAAGAGGUUACCGUCAUUGACCGCCGCAUAAACAAUGGCUCCGUCGACGCAAUGUGUCCCGCCGCUCUUCCUGCGUGGUUUGGACUCUCAGCCCAGUACGGCGCUGGCUCUCUGUCACUCGAGGAGCUCCGCAUUGCGUACGCAGAGCUCCGUGAGAUGGACCCCGAAAACGUCUCAUCGGAUCCUGAGAAAUUUAUCACCGAUCCCGGGGCGACGACGACCGAAGACUGCCUCUUGCUUGACGUGACAGUUCCGAAGAGUAUCUGGCAAAGAACUCUUAGUGGCCAAGAAGAGGCCGGCGCUCCGGUAAUGGUUUGGAUUGUCGGGGGCGGAUACACGGUUGGUCACAAGAACGAUGCCGGAAAUCCUGCAGGUCUCAUCAAAAGGUCUCAAGAGGACGGCUCGGACGGCGUGAUUCAUGUCAGCAUCAACUACCGCCUCGGCCUCUUCGGGCGGUCAUCCGGUCCUUCAUACCAGGAACAGGGUGGUGUCUCCAACCUUGGGCUUCGAGACCAGCGCGCAGCACUCGAAUGGGUGCAGAAGCAUAUUCACCUGUUUGGUGGAGACCCUGGACAAGUAACCGUCUAUGGCGAAUCGGCUGGGGGAGGUUUCGUCAUGCACCAGAUCAUGGCAUACGGGGCCACGAGUGGUGCGCCUUUCAGACGAGCCAUUCCGCAGUCCCCUGGUUUUGAGCCACUUCCUAGCACCAGCAAGCAAGAUUCUCGGUUCGAAAGUGUCCUACGAUGGUCUUCGUAUUUCAGCGGGACCAACAUCACCACCCUUGCCGGAUUGUUGGAAGUUCCAUUCGAUGUUCUGUGGAAGGCCAACGAGAUCACCAUCGCAACAGCCCACUGGGGCAACUUUGGAUGGGGCCCCGCAGUUGACGGUGACUUUGUCCCUGACCUGGCCGGAAGACUCCUUGACGAGGGCAAGUUCGACUCUUCCGUAGAAGUCUUCCACGGCGUCAAUUCGAAUGAGGGCUUCAUCUUCACCUCGCCUCUCAUAACCAAUGAUGAUGGAUACACUACGGAUCUGCUUGGGCCGUUGUUGCCCGAUGCCAGCGCUGACGCUCUUCAGGAGCUCAAGACGAGUAUUUACCCCGAGAUAUACGACGGUUCAUAUCCCUGGACCUCGCAAUUUGGACGCUCCGAAGCCACGCAUGGCGAUUCGUGGUUCAGCUGCAAUAACAGGUACAUCAGCAGGGUCUUUGCCAAAACUGUUCGGGGCUAUCUAUUCGAUGUCGGUGCCGGACACCAUGGGACUGACAUUGCCUACACAUUUUUUAACGAAGGCGCGGACGGAAUUGACCCUAUCCUGGCGACGAGACUCCAGCUCUACCUGACGUCUUUCGCGAAGACGGGGGAUCCGAAUAUGAAUGGUCAGCCAUUCAUUCCUCUGUACGGAGACAAUGCAACGAUCUUGUCUCUGACAAAUGGGACCUCAGUGCGCGAUAUUGGGGACAACGAGAGGUGUACAUGGUGGCAGGAGGCAUUGUAUAGGUAG